UAAAUUAUUUUAAUCUAAAAACAUUUAUUAUGAAAGAUCUGAAACAGUACAUGUUGUGUUGCCAGACAGUUGGCGGUAACUGCUUGUUAGUCAACAGAGGCUUCAGCCUUAGCCAUGAGUGAGUUUCGGAUACAUCAUGACGUCAACGAGCUGCUCAGUCUGCUUCAUGUGCGAGGAGGUGAUGGAGCAGAAGUGUAUAUUGAUUUACUGCAGAAGAACAGGACACCAUAUGUCACCACAACAGUGUCUGCACACAGUGCAAAGGUCAAAAUAGUAGAGUAUUCAAAGACGCCAGAGGACUUCCUAAGGAAAUAUGAUGAGCUCAAGUCAAAAAAUGUCCGCAACCUGGACCCACUGGUCUACCUCCUAUCAAAGCUUAGCGAGGACAAAGAGACGCUCCAAUGUCUGCAACAGAAUGCCAAAGAAAGGUCUGAAGCAACUGGUAAUGUGACAUCAAGUACAAGCACAACCUUUGCUAUCCCUCCAACCAGCACCAAGAUGUCAAUGCAGGAACUGGAAGAGCUGCGCAAGAAGUUGGGAAACGUCACUGCCAGCUCCAACGUGCCCCAGUCGGCUGAAGUCACACGAAAGAUGCUGAGGGACAGACACAACAAAAAGAACCCCACUCAGCCCAACCCAGUGUUUCCAAACUGGGUGUAUGACCGGCCUGCUCUGAUUGGGGACUUCAUCACCGGUGCCACACCAGCAGGAGGAGACCCAGCAGUGGCUGUUGGUACAAUGCCCCUGCCAGCCCAGGAGCAGGCUUUGGUUGAUGAUCUGUUGUUUGUGCUGAUCGGUGUGGAUGGCAGAGACAUCACAGCCCAGCCUGUCCUCGGGAGGCAGAACCGCUCCUUCAUCAUUGACCCCAGCCUUGACAUGUCCAUCAAGGAGCUGGUCAACAGGAUACUACCAGUCGCCUCAUACUACUCUACUAUAACACGCUUCACUGAGGAGAAGUCGUCCUUUGAGUACGGCCAGGUGAACCACGCCCUGACGGCGGCCAUGAGGACCCUGAUGAAGGAGUACCUGAUCCUGGUGACCCAGCUGGAGCACCUCCACAGGCAGGGCAUGCUCUCCCUGCAGAAGCUCUGGUUCUAUAUCCAGCCUACCAUGAGGACCAUGGAGAUCCUAGCCUCCAUUGCCUCUUCGGUGGACAAAGGAGACUGCAUGGGUGGGUCGACGUUGAGCCUCCUUCACGAUCGUACCUUCAACUACACUGGAGACAGUCAAGCCCAGGAACUGUGCCUAUACCUCACGAAAGCAGCUAGUGUCCCUUACUUUGAGAUACUGGAGAAAUGGAUCUAUAGAGGCAUCAUCAAGGACCCUUACAGUGAGUUCAUGGUUGAAGAGCACGAGCUACAGAAAGAGAAGAUCCAGGAGGACUACAACGACAAGUAUUGGGAUCAGCGGUACACCAUCGUACAGCACAGAAUUCCAUCCUUUCUUCAGAAAAUGGCAGACAAAAUUUUAAGUACAGGGAAGUACCUCAACGUGGUGAGAGAGUGUGGCCGGGACGUGACUUGUCCCGAUGCUAAGGAGAUCCUCUACACUCUCAAGGAGAGAGCCUACGUGGAGCAGAUAGAAAAAUCCUACUACUACGCCAGCAAGGUCCUUCUCGACUUCCUGAUGGAGGAGAAGGAGCUGGUCGCACGCCUUAGGUCAAUCAAGCACUACUUCUUAAUGGACAAGGGAGAUUUCUUUGUCCAUUUCAUGGAUCUGACAGAAGAGGAGCUGAAAAAGCCAGUGGAUGACAUUGUCCCUCCCAGACUGGAGGCCUUGCUAGAGCUGGCUCUGAGGAUGAGUACUGCUAACACAGACCCAUUCAAAGAUGACCUGAAGAUUGACCUGAUGCCACAUGACGUGAUCACCCAACUGCUGCGGGUGCUGGCCAUCGAGACCAAGCAGGAGAAGGCCAUCAUCAAUGCCGACCCCACCGAGGUGGCCCUCAGCGGCCUGGAGGCCUUCUCCUUCGACUACAUUGUCAAGUGGCCGCUGUCACUUAUCAUCAACAGGAAAGCGCUUACGAGAUACCAGAUGCUAUUCCGUCACAUUUUUUACUGCAAACAUGUCGAGAGGCUGUUGUGCAACGUGUGGAUCAGCAACAAAACAGCCAAGCAGUACGCCUUGCACAGAGCUAAGUGGUUUGCAGCAGCGUUUGCCCUGAGACAGCGCAUGCUGAACUUUGUCCAGAACAUCCAGUACUACAUGAUGUUUGAAGUCAUGGAGCCCACCUGGCAUAUCAUGGAGAACAACCUGAAAUCUGCCUCCAACAUAGACGACGUGCUCUGUCAUCACACCAGCUUCCUGGACAACUGCCUGAAGGACUGCAUGCUGACCAACCCAGAGCUGCUCAAGAUCUUCUCCAAGCUCAUGUCCGUGUGUGUCAUGUUCACCAACUGCAUGCAGCGCUUCACCCAGAGCAUGAAGCUGGACCGGGAGAUGAACCGCCUGUCUCUGGAGCACGGCACCAUGGAGGGUCCUCCCACCCAGAGCGAACGCACCGUGGAGCAAGAGAAGAAGAGGCUCACCUCCAAGUUCCUAGCGGAACACAUGGACGCCCUGCAGUCAGACUCGUGCUUCGAAGCCACCAUCAGCAAGUUUGACAGCAACUUCAGCACACUGCUCCUGGACCUGCUGGACAAGCUCAGCGUCUACAGCACCAACGACUGUGAGCACAGCAUGAUUAACAUCAUCUACCGGUUGGAUUUCAACGGGUUCUACACAGAGCGUCUUGAGAGGAUGGCUAUAGAGAGAAGUCAGAAGGCUGCUGCAUAGCAUUGUCAAAGUGUGCUUGAUGGUAACCCAAGCAAUAUGUAUUUAUUUCUCCUACUCCUGCCCAUAUAAAAAAACACCUUCAAAGACGACAUUUCUCCCCCAGACAUUUCUCCCCGUAUCAAACAUAAAACGGUUUAGUGUUUGAUUCAAGAAACCUAUCAACAUAGAUAUUGAUGUGUUUUGAAACCGGCUCUAUGGUGUUUCCCCCUUUUUAAGAGGGGCAUAGGAUUAAAUAACCAGGAACUGUAUGCAUUUAUUUCAGAAGAAAUAAAAGAACCUGGAGCUCUAUAGGGGUAACUUGUUUUUUACCUCAUGUUUUUUUGUGUGUGCUUCCUGUGUACAAUAACAAAUAUUAAAUGUCCCCAAGCAUUA